AUGUUGAUUCAUGUCGUGUUGAGUCUUAUUUUGUUCACAUUGGUCAAUGUUGAGCAGUUUUAUGCUCAGAGGCAACCGGUGAAGAAUACGAAGAAAACCUUUCGAGGCAGGAAACAGAAGCCGCCAAAGGUGCGCAGCGCGCACACCAAGAUAGGCUUCGGGGAGGUGUGGACGUACGUGGGGCACCCUCAGGAGAGCCAGCCCAACCUCCUGGGCUACCGCAUCUCGCUGCUGGACCUGGAGAAGUUCAGUGUAAGACGUUAUACACAUACAGACUGGAAGGUGGUGGGCGAGUUCCAGAACGUGGAGUACAAGUGCUCCUUCCCAGAGUUGAAGCCGGUGCACAACUGCCCCCAAUCGCAAACCGAAGGCGUCUACUGCACCCUCUUCUCCGACUUGGUGUGGUGGACCGACUCUUACGUCCCGACGUCCAACGCAACCAUGAAGUUCGUCAAGGUACGUUGUGAAAGCGAGAAAAAAAACAACUAG